CCGGCGCAGACAACAGCAAUCGAAUCCAGAAGCUUCACAUCACAACACGUCCAUCGCAGCAGCAGCAGACGAGCGUAAUACGUGUAAUCGACUGCCCAACAUGUCCAAGAACGGCUCGGCCUACGGACAAGCGGCCGGAGACACCGACUUCCGCAAGAAGUACGACCUCGACGAGUAUGCGGCGAAGGCCAAGGAGCGCGAAGCCGCCGAGAAGGAGGAGCGCAAGGCGCGGUGGGAGGCCAAAAUGGCUGGCAAGAAAUACCACAAGCCGAUGGACGGCAGCGAGACGUUCACGACGGCGCGCAGCGCGACCCAGGACUUCAGCAAGCUUGUGGGGACGUCGACGCUGGUCCCCGCCGGCGCGGGCGUGGGCAAGCGCGGGCGCGGCGCCGGCUUCUACUGCGAGGCGUGCGACCUCACGUUCAAGGAUAACCUUCAAUGGGUGGAGCAUACCAACAGCAUGCAGCACCAGCGAGCCAUUGGCGCGACGGGUGAGGUGCGCAGGGCCACGGCCGAGGAGGUGCACGCGCGCAUCGACGCGCUGUGGGACAGGGAGCAGGAGCGCAAGCGGGAGCAGGUUGUGUCGCUGCAGGAGAGAUUGGAGGUGCGCAAGGAGGAGGAGGAGAGGGAGAGGGAAGAGAAGAGGCGGAAGCGGAAGGAGCUGGAGGAGCGCAGGCGGUUGGAGAAGGAGGCCGCGGCGAAGAUCAAGACUGAGUACGGCGAGGAUGUCCGGAUCGAGGGCGAACACGACGAAGACGACAUGAUGGCCGCGAUGGGGUUCACUGGGUUUGGGACCACAGCCAAAAAGUGACGGCUUCUGGGCCCGUCUGGUGCGGCUUGGUUUUCAUCGUACUGAUGGUCAUUGUCUGUAAAGGUACAAAAGAUACCAGCGACAGGUCGGCGUUUGGAGUUCAGGUCGGCGCUAGCUGCAUGUAUGAGCGGUUGAAUAGGUAGAUCCGGUGUGAAGCAAUCCGAUGCAUAAUUAUGAAC